AUGCAUAAUCUGCGCCAUCUCCGACUUGGUCAAGAUUUGACCGGAGACAAGCUACUGGAACCGAUUCUGGAUGGCUGCCCCAAACUCAAAUCACUUGAUCUUCGGCGAUGCUCUGCUUUUGAUUAUCUGCAGGGCGAAAGGUUUUCCGAUCAAAUAAAGGAUCUGUGGCUCCAAUCUGACUCUUUCAGUUUCAGGAAAGGAAUGGCAGCGUUGCGUAGUCUGCGCCAUGUCCGACUUUUUUCUCAUGAGAUGGAAGAUAAGGGACUGGAAGCGAUUCUCGAUGGCUGCCCCCGCCUCGAAUUACUUGAUCUUAAUGGAGACUCCGGUCUUGAUCCACAAGGGGCUCUGGCCAAAAGCCGUUAUGCUCAAAUAAAAAAUCUAACGCUUGAUUUUUCGAAUUGGCGUAGGGAACCAUUUCAACGAUGGCUCUGCUAUCACAUUUAUUAG